AAACAAUUAAGAAUCCAAGGGGUAAACUGUAAAGUGGGGACCGAACUAGUAGAGGGGGUAAAUUGCAAUUUACCGUAAAAUUAGUCUCAUAUUGUAGAUAAGGAAAUUGGAAGAUUCAAAGUUCAAACAGUUGAAUAGUUGAACAAAAUCAACUAGCAAAAGACAACUCAUGCUCUAUAGAAAUACCAAAUACCAUUUUCAACUUCAUUUUCUAGAGAGAGAAAGUAAAGAUAUAUUAAUUCCAAACAAAUGGCUAAUAGAACCAUAUUGAAGCUCCCUCUAAUAGAUUUCUCCAACCUCAAACAAGAACCACAAGCAUGGGAAUCCACGAAAACCCGAGUCAGAAAAGCCCUCGAAGAAUACGGUUGCUUCGAGGCCAAAUUCGACGAAAUUCCUCUUCAUCUUCGGAAAUCGAUAUUCGAUGCACUAAAACAACUAUUCGAUCUCCCUCUAGAGAACAAACUCCUCAACACUUCCAACAAACCAUACCAUGCUUACCUAGGCCAAGAUGCCAUGGUUCCACUUUACGAAAGCAUGGGAAUCGACAACGCCCUCGCCCCCGAAAGCAUUGAAACUUUCUCCAAUCUCAUGUGGGCCCAUGGAAAUCCCACUUUUAGCCAAAUUGUGGAGUCGUAUGUGGAGAAAUUGUCGGAAUUGGACAAGAUUGUGAGGAGAAUGGUUGUGGAGAGCUUCGGGCUCGAAAAAUACAUGGACGAGCAUAUGGAAUCCACGAAUUACGUUAUUCGAGUUCAAAAGUACGAUGCCCCUAAAAGCCAUGAAAAUAACAAUAAUAAUGUGCUUGGAUUCCCAUCCCAUACAGACAAGAACAUCGUCAGCAUAUUGUUUCAGAACGAGGUAAACGGACUCGAAAUGCAGACGAAAACUGGACAUUGGAUCACUAAGGAUCAACUCUCGCCCAAUUCCUUCGUAGUCAUGAUUGGUGAAUCUCUCCAUGCAUGGACAAAUGGGUGGCUACAUUCACCACAUCACAGGGUGAUGAUGGCCGGAGAUAAAGAGCGAUAUUCGAUCGGAUUAUUUUCGGUUCCGAAAUCGGGAUACAUAAUUAAGGCACCUGAAGAAGUGGUGGAUGAAGAGCACCCUUUACUAUUUAAGCCGUACGAAUAUUUUCAAUUUCUCGAUUUUCACUUGGAAGCGGGUCGUUUGGCUACGCCGGUUGAUCUCAAGGCUUAUUGUGGAGCCUAAUAAUCAAACCUCUAAAAUAUGAUUACUUGUAUGCAAUUUUAUGUAACUAUGAUCAAGAUCGAGGACUUUGUUUUGCAUUAAUUUGAUUAAUUUCCAUGUAUGAUUAUCUGAAAGUUGUCGUGUGAAUUUUUGAACUGUUUCGAAAGUUGUCGUCACGCGUACUCAAUUAUUAUUAUAUUUUAUAUUAUUAUUUUCUUUUUUGGUGUUU